UGGAGAGAGAAUCCAUCCUGAUUGCAGGAUGGUGUCAAUUGGCUAAUUUACCGCCUUCCUUGCUGCAAGUCUUUGCAAAGGCGCUUUUGAUGGUGUUAGAUUAGGGAGAGGCGUGCGCAAAAGCCCGUGAUAUAGGUUGAGCUAAUAGUUGCUUCCUAUUGAGCCAUGCAGGUCGAGAAUUGCAUCUCGCUGCCGAGUGAACUCUCAAAGAAAUUCAUGAAUGUGGGCAGUGGCUUUGCGAGCUCCAAUGGAUCGGAGGAGCUCUCGUUGCAGGACCAUCCUAUUAUAUCCGCGAGUGACAACCUGGAGAGAAGUUCACCUCUGAAAAAAAACUCCAGGGAGAUGACGAAUCAGUCAGAGGCAGACAAUUUCCCCGACUCCAAGGACGCAUCGGGGGACGUCCAGAGGGGCAAACUCUCUCCUGGUCUGCACGGCGUCUCUGACAUCCGUCAUAAUUUCGAUGGAGCUGCAGGAGAACGGUGCAUCUUCUCUCCGUCUACUCAGCCGCAGUCAGUCUCAGCAGCAGCAGCCGCAGCCGCAGCCCCCGGCGCCAUGUUCCCCUAUCCGAGCCAGCACGGACCCGCGCACCCGGCUUUCUCCAUCGGAAGCCCCAGCCGGUACAUGGCCCACCACCCGGUCAUAACUAACGGAGCGUACAACAGCCUUUUAAGCAACGCUUCUCCUCAAGCCUACCCGGCAGCGGGCUACCCCUACGCGCAACAGUAUGGACACACGUACCAAGGGGGGGCUUUUUACCAGUUCUCCUCCGCGCAGGCGGGACUGGUUCCGGGAAAGGCGCAGGUGUACCUGUGCAACAGGGCCCUGUGGCUGAAGUUCCACAGACACCAGACAGAGAUGAUCAUCACCAAACAGGGCCGUGUGUACACAGGCUGCGACAUUGACCGCCUAACUCCAUCACCGGGUGACUCUCCGCGUUCACAGAUCGUGCCGGGUGCGAGAUACGCCAUGCCCAGCUCCUUCCUGCAGGACCAAUUUGUCAGCACUUAUGCCAAAUCUCGCUUUCACCCUGGCGUGGGGACUGGUCCUGGCACGGAGCGCAGCGUCCCACUCGGCAACAGCUUGCUAUCCCCGCAGCAAAGCGAGGAGCCCACUGUUGCCACCCCCCCGCAGCGAUGGUUUGUCACCCCUGCCAACAACCGACUGGACUUCGCAGCCUCGGCAUACGACGCCGCCGAUUUCGCCGGUAACGCGGCCACCUUGCUGUCCUACGCAGCGGCCGGAGUGAAGGCUCUCCCCCUGCCCACAGCGGGCUGCUCCAACCGGCCUCUUGGCUAUUACGCAGACCCGUCUGGCUGGGGAGGACGCACGCCGCCGCAGUACUGCGGCGUCAACACCAAGUCCGCCUCGGUCUUUUCCUGCUGGCCCGCCAACUCCAUCGGCGGCAGAGCGACCACCAACUACCUGUCGGAGGAGGGGGACUCCAUCGCCACGGAGAGGUCACCGAUCGGAGGCUCGGAGGAGGCCAAACCCAAAGACAUCACGUCCGAGUCGAGCUGGAUCGAGACGCCGUCGUCGAUCAAGUCGAUCGAUUCGAGCGACUCGGGGAUCUUUGAACAGGCCAAGCGGAGGCGGAUCUCCCCGUCGGCCACGCCGGUCUCAGAGUCCGUGUCUCCGUUAAAAUCCGAGCUGCUGGCACCGAGAGAGUGCGAGAAAAACUGCACGAAGGACAUUGGUUAUUACAGCUUCUACCCUCACAGUUAAACCCCAUCUUUACCCACCUGUCCACCCAUAAAGAUGUAAAGUCUCAUCCAUCAAAGGCCAAAGUGGAAGCUCUCCCCACACUGUUGAGUCUCUGUAAUUAUGAACAUAUUGUACAUAUUAUUUAGUAUUUGUGACGGUGUCUGGUUGUACAAAACCCCAUGAAAUCAAACCAGUAGUGUUUGACAGUAGCCUCUGUUAGGAACUAAAGAUAUUUAGGAUUCUGUACAUGACAUGGUCUUCUUGUGUAGCAUAUACUGGCAUAAUAAUAAUAAUAACGAUGAUGAUAAUAAUAAUUUUCUUUGUCAGUGAUAUAAUAAAAAACGUGUAUUUUGUACUUUAUGAAACCUGUAGGCUACUAAAAGUUUAAAUGGUUAAAGGAGUUCUAAUUGUUGUAGAUUUAGGGUCUUUUUUUUCCUUUUUCUGAUUUAAUUCAGUCGUUUUCUUUUUUUUUUGUUUCAUAGCCUGCGUGCAAUGCUGCUGUGGAAAUCUUUGUAUUUGCUGUAAUGUGACUGAAACUUAAUAAAUAACGUCAUGAGUUGCA